UUAUUGCUCAAGGCAUAAAGAAAGAAGAAGAGACAGAUAUAAGCGGUGAUGACCAGUAUAAGGAGGACAUUCCUACAUGGAAAGAUCAGAUCUAUAUUAAUACUAUUGGCAUAAACAAAGAAGAAGAGACAGAUCUAAGCAGGGAUGAGCAGUAUAAGGAGGAAAUUCCUACAGUUAACCACACAGGGUGAAGAUUUGAACUAUAUUAUUGCUUCAGAGACAGAUGUGAGGAGUGAUGAGCAGUAUAAGGAGGAGAUUCCAACAGGGAAAUAUCUAAAUUAUAUUAAUACUAUAGACAUAAAGAAAAAAGAAGAGAAAGAUAUGAUGUGUGAUGAGCAGUAUAAGGACAUUCCUACAGGGAAAGAUCCGAUAUGUAUUAAUGCUAAAGUCAUGAAGGAAGAAGAAGAAGAGACAGAUGUGAGCGGUGAUGAGCAGUUUAUGGAGGACAUUCCUACAGGGAAAAAUUGGAUCUAUAUUAAUUCUAAAAACAUAAAGGAAGAAGAAAAUGCAGAUGAGAGGGGUGACAAGCAGUAUAAGGAGGAUAUUCCUACAGAAAAAGCUCUGAACUAUAUUAUUGCUCAAGACAAAAAGAAAGAAGAAGAGACAGAUAUAAGCAGUGAUGACCAGUAUAAGGAGGACAUUCCUACAAGGAAAGAUCAGAUCUAUAUUAAUACUAUUGGCAUAAAGGAAGAAGAAGAGACAGAUUUAAGCGGUGAUGAGCAGUAUAAUGAGGACAUUCCUUCAGUUAACUGCACAGAUGACUGUACCAGGAGAUCAGAGGAGAAUCUUAUAUCUUCAUAUUAUAAAGCAGAUGAUGAUAUCACACAAGAUACAUAUGAAGAACAUUCCAUUAUCCCAGAUACACCCUCAGCCCUUCACAGCCAAGAUCUGUCAUCUCAUCCUGUUAUACCCGUCCUGUCUACUGAUCCAUCACAGGCUAUUAUACAAAAUAAAAUCCAUAUUAGGGUUAUUGGACAUCAGAAACCUAAUAAAGAGGAAAAGCCAUUUUCAUGUUCAGAAUGUGGGAAAUGUUUUCAUCGGAAAUAUAGACUAGUUGAACAUCAGAGAACUCAUACAGGGGAGAAACCAUUUGCAUGCCCAGAAUGCGGAAAAUGUUUUGUUAAUAAAUCAGCUUUUGUUGAACACCAAAGAACUCACACAGGAGAGAAGCCGUUUCCAUGUCCAGAAUGUGGGAAAUGUUUUACUCAACAAUCAACUCUUGUUAAACACCAAAGAACUCACACAGGAGAGAAGCCGUUUCCAUGUCCAGAAUGUGGGAAAUGUUUUACUCAACAAUCAACUCUUGUUGGACAUCAAAAAACUCACACAGGGGAGAAGCCAUUCGUUUGUUUAGAAUGUGGGAAAUGUUUUACUGUGAAAUCAAGCCUUGUUGAACAUCAAAAAAUUCACACUGGGGAGAGACCAUUUCCAUGCCCAGAAUGUGGAAAAUGUUUUACUCGGAAAUCGCACGUUGUUCUACAUCUUAAAACUCACACAGGGGAGAAGCCUUUUUCAUGUCCAGAAUGUGGAAAAUGUUUUACUCAAAAGUCAGCUAUUUUUGAACAUCAAAAAAUUCACUCAGGAGAGAAGCCAUUUUCAUGUUCAGAAUGUGGAAAAUGUUUUAUUCAAAAAUCAACUCUUGUUGGACAUCAAAAAACUCACACAGGAGAGAAGACAUUUUCAUGUAAGAUAUGUAUGCAGACUUUUAGGACAAAGUCACGUCUAAUUGCACAUCAAAGAACUCACACCGUAAAAACAUGUGAUUCUUAACCCAUUUAUGCUCAAGGACGUACUAUUAAGUCCUGUAAGCAUAUUAGGUGUAUGAAGAGGGCACAGCUGAGAGACACUGGCACUGACAGCAGCAUUAAAACACAAUACUGUGAAACUUCAUUGGUUUGGUUGAUGGGUUGGCCUUUUUAAAUGGGUACUCCGCUGUAAACAUCCUAUCCCCUAUCCAAAGCUCUCUGGACCGGCAGUGGCGGCAUACGGAACACGAAAGCUUGCAGCUUCUGCGUUUGUGGCGUUACGUCGCGCCCCCUCCAUUCAUGUCUAUGGCAGCGGGCGUGGCAGCUAGUACAUAGCUGUCACACCUUCCAUAGACGUGAAUGGAGGAGUUCACUCUGUGCACCGAAUUACAUGGGUGCCUCAGUGGAGACCCCCCGUGAUCUAACAUAUUAUCCCCUAUCCUUUGGAUAGGGGAUAAGAUGUUUACAGUGGAGUACCCCUUUAAGUCCUUGGUGAGUGCUUUGACAGUUCUGCUCUACACUCUGGCAUGGGCAAGCUGUACAUGCAUGCAGAUCGAUGAUAAAUCAAUUCAAUGGUUGCUUGUACAAGUUCCCUAGAAGGACUUAAGAAGUGUUUAAAAAAAAAAAAUGUAAAUUGAAAAAUUCAAAUCAUCCUCCCCUGUUAUUUUUUAUUUUUUUGUUUGUUUAAAAAAAAUAAACAUUAGUUAUCACCAUGUGCGGCAAUGUCCUAACUAUUAGGUUAUGUUCAAACUGAGGAAUUGGGGCGGAAAUCAAGCAGAAAUUUUCUGCCUCAAAAUAUUGUUACUUUUCCGCAAGAACUCACAGAAUUCCACGCGGAAAUGCAGGUUUCAUGCGGAGGAGGAGUAUCAAGUAUUUCUAUUCAUAAAAUUUUUUAUUUUUUUUUCCAUGCGGAAAUUCCGCGCGGUAAUUCUUCUGAAAAAAAAUAACAUUGAUCUCUAUGGGAGUAAGACGCUGAUUCCGCCUGAAAGAAAGAACAUGUUCUUUCUUCAAGCGGAACAGACGUCCUCGUCAGAAUUCUGCUUGAGGAAAUUCCUCCGUGUGAACUGAGAGGCAGAAAUUCUGCACAGCUCUAUGGGGAUUUUCACUGCUGAAUGAAUUUGAGAGGAAAAAGCGAGCAGAAUUACUCGUGGAAAUUCCUCUCCAAUUCCUCAGUGUGAACAGACCCUUAAAGUAUAAUGUUACUGAGACCUUACAAUUGAUAGCAUAAAUGUAAAAAUAUUGGUCACAUGAUCACAUCCAAAAAAAAGUUGAAUAAAAGGUAAUUAAUAAAAAUCAGAUUAAUGCCACAAUGGUACAGAUAAAAACUACACUUUUUAAUGCAAAAUAUUAGCCCUCAUUCAGCUUUGUAGAUUGAAAAAUAAAGUUAUAUGGAUCAAAAAAA